UUCAGUCAUUGCCGGCGUUUCGAACUGUUUGGACGUGUCAAGCGGACAAAAUCGGGAUAUCGCAAAUAGUUGCCAGCGGUAGUGUUUUAGUAUUAGUUAAGCAUCGGUUCACACAAGCACUAACACCCACACACACACACACACACACAAGUAUAAACUAUCCAGCGAGUGUGCGUGUGUGUUAGGCACUAUUUGGGGAUUUAAUGGAAAAAGCAUUAAUGGAUGCUGCCUCGGGGAAUGAAUGUAGUGCCAACGGUGAUAGUGGCCAGUGCAUGAGUGUGUGGGCGAGUGAGUGUUGGCCAAAAGGGAUAAAUACACAGAAAAAAGUAAAAGAUUUAAUCGGGAAAACUGACUGACUAAGUUAUAAAUAAAUAAAGUCCAACCAUAAAAACUAACAAAUUAACAUAACAAAAUUCGCAGAUUUUAUAUAAAAUUUAUGAUAUGAGAGAUUAUUACAGCUCAAUGUAUAUGUUUAAAGGUCUUAAGAAAUUAUUUAAACACAGUAAAAAUCGAUUUCUUUUUAAGCACAGCGAAAGUGAAAAAACACUUUUUUAAAGAUUUUCUAAAAUAAUUAAACUUUUACUACUUUUUUAACUACCUUACUCUAAUUUGGCUCUAAGACUCGUCAGUUAGAAAAUUAUUUUAAAUCAAAGUUCAUUUACUACUUUUCAUACUCUAUUUUUACCACUGGUUAAAUAGUUUAUGUUUGGCCCAAAACCAAUCUCUCAGUGCAUACAUCAAUGUUUCGGCGUCUGUGAGUUUUUAAUGUGUAUGUGUGCCGCUGCCUAAAACUAUGCAGCGCAAUUUUGGAGCUGACAUUUUGUUUGCUCGCCCCUAUAUGUGCGUGUGUGAGUGAGUGCUGGCGGGUUAGUGGCGUUUGGUUUUAUCGUGGAUUUUACUGACUUCACGGGUUAUUUGUCCGCACGAAUGUGUUCAUAAAAAAUGUAACAAAAGUGGAUUUUCGCUGGGCCGACUGAAACGCUUACGCUUUUGUGUGCACACGGGCUACUAACAUCCUAACGGAACCGGAAACGGAAGCUGCUGGUGCAUACACAACACCCACCCCCACACACGAACAAACAAACACAAAAAGGACCCCUGGCAAGUGGAUAAAGUAAAUUGAAUAAAAGGUGAAAUAAUUUGAGCGCUAAGCAGGCCGAAUGUUGGCUAAUGGAAAAGUGUGAAAAAGGUUGGCCAAGGCUGAACCGCCAACCAAAAGAGAAGGAAAGACCGGGGGAAACACCGGCGAAUAUUUACGUUUGGGAGGGAAAAAUGCAAAUGUAGCGGUGACUUUUUGCGAAAAUUUAUGGAGCGGCAAAUUGAAUCGAAUGGCCACCGAGAUGUCAGCGAUGACGUGCCGUGAAGCAUGUGCCGUGCGAUUAUCAAAGUGUGAUAAAAGUGCGGCAACAAUGGCCAAAAGAAAAAACCAAAAAAAAAAAAUGGAAGAGAAAUGGUGGAAAGAAUCCAGAAACCAGAAUCGCUGCCCAGUCACAAGUCCAUAAAAAUUUACCGUCUAUGCACUGCGUAUAAUUUAUGGCCGCGAUUCGUUUUCUCCUCUCUCCAACGCCUUUCUUUUCCAUUUUUUUUCUUUAUUUUGUGGAAACCGACCACCUUUUGGCAAUUGUUGAAUGCAGCCGCAAAAUAUGCCAUGAAGGUUUUUUUUUGGUCCGCCAUCUAGCAUAUGUAAGCUGCCAGACAUAUGUGUUAGUGUUCCGGGCAAGCUGCCAAAAAUAAUAAAAUCACAAUCCUAUGCCAGACGACUUCAUAUAAGCAAGGGUGAUCCUGUGGCCAGGACGGAGGAUUUCGAAACUGCAAGAUAACGAGGUGGCUGAACAGCAUCAGAAACGACUGAGAACUUCCAAAUAGAAACUGAAAUAAUAACAGCAGCAGCAGCAAGGGGCUUAAACAAAAGCCAAACAUAAGCAAAGCCACAGAGAAAGAGCAGUGUAUGUUCAUAUUGGCAAAACAAACAAGACCGGAUACAAGGAGAAGCUGCUUGCAAAAUAAAACCAAACGAAACUAAAUUUAAUUUUCUACAGGCCACACAUUGAAUUUUCAUGCAACGAAAUGAGUUUAUUAGAGCCUCCUUGUCUUGCCCCGACAAAAGCCUUGCUUUUGGGAGCGUUGCUGUUGGCGGUCCUUGCCACACCCCUUUUGGCCACAAGCGGCUUACGGGUGCCCACAUUCCUGCUGGAACCAGCUCCCCGGCUGCUCUUCGGCAACGAUACGGGCGCCCAGGUCACCUGCACCGCCCACGGCAGUCCGCCGCCCCUCGUCUCCUGGGUCCUUCGCGACGGAUCGCUGGCCACCCAGGUGCCGGGCCUCAGGAAAAUAUCAGGCAACGGCACCCUCCACUUCCCACCAUUCCUGGCGCAAUAUUAUCGCACGGAUGUGCACGAGGCCACCUACAGAUGUCGGGCAAGCAACGAGGCGGGCACUGUACUCAGUCGCAAUGUUCAGGUGCAGGCAGUGGUGCGUCGUCAAUUCCAUGUGCACGUGGAAAACACUGAAGUCUAUUUGGGAAAUUCGGCGUUGAUUAAGUGCGCCAUACCGGAAUAUGUGCGGCCCUAUGUGCGCGUGGCCAGUUGGCAUCGCGGCGAGGAGAUACUGCUGCCGGAUCUGUCGGAUGUCGCGGGCCGCUAUGUGGUCCUGGCCGCCUCCGGUGAUCUCUAUGUGCGUUCCGUGCGUUCCGAGGAUGGAUUGAUGAAGUUCAGCUGCCUGGUGACCAAUACAUUGAAUGGCGAACGACAGCGCAGCGAUGCCGUAAUGCUGCAGGUCAAAGAGCUCAGCAAGAAUCUGGCUCCACGAACCACUCAAAAGCCAGUGAUGGAGAUUCACGUGGAGCGUGGCAACGAUGUACAUCUGCCGUGCAACAUCCAGGGCAAUCCAUUCCCCAUAUUUACCUGGUAUCGCGUUUCCGACUCGGCAGCCCUCUAUCCCAUACCCUCGUCACAGCGAGUGAUACUUUCGCGCACAUUGCUGCUCAUCAAAAAUGCUGACGAACGCGAUGCGGGCAAGUGGAUUUGCCAGGCCUCGAAUCAGUUUGGGGAACAGCGCAUCGAGAUUCGACUCAGUGUCAAUUCGUAUGUGUCCGUGCAUAUAUUGCCGCAAGUUCAAAUUGUCAAUUCGGGCGGAACGGCAAAUUUCAAUUGUACGACAACGGGUUCAGCGAUCGAUGCCAUCGACUGGCUUCACAACGGCAAACCGCUGCAGGCGAAUAAUGCACUCACCACCGGCAGGGAUAACAUACGGUUCCUGUCGAAGAGCUCGCUGCUAGUGCAAAAUGUCGGACGACGGGAUCGAGGCGUCUAUCAGUGUCUCGUGGAAAAUCAACGCGCCAGUGCCCAGGCGAUGGCUGAAUUGAAGUUGGGCGACACUGUGCCGGAAUUGAUUUACACCUUCAUUGAGCAGAACGUGCGUCCCGGGCCAUUAAUAUCGCUUAAGUGCUCCGCCAGCGGCUCGCCGCCACCGCAAUUCGCCUGGCUGCUGGACUCGCAGCCCAUCAUGGACGUAUCGCUGCAUCAUCGGUUUGCGAUCGGGCAAUUUGUCGAUAUGUCUGGCGAUGUGAUAAGCCAUUUAAAUAUCUCGCACGUGCGACCCGACGACGGUGGUCUCUACAAGUGCGUGGCCAGCAACUCGAUGGGCAGCGUUCUGCACUCGGCGAGGUUGAAUGUUUACGGACCUCCUUAUGUGAGAGCCAUUGGACCGAUUAAAGCCGUUGCCGGGGAGGAUAUAAUUGUGCACUGUCCGUUUGCCGGUUAUCCCGUCGAGCAAAUUAGAUGGGAGAAGGCGCACCAGGAAUUGACAACGAGCAACCACUACGAACUGGCUUCGGUGGCCGACGGAGGGCAGCUGGUCAUCAAGAAUGUGGAGCCGGGUCGGGAUCAAGGGAUAUACACGUGCAUCGUGCGAAGUCGGGCUGGCGAGGAGGCUCGCAGAGACAUGCAGCUGAAUGUGAACAGUCCGCCCGUCAUCGAGCCCUUCAAGUUCCCCAAGAAUCUGCAGGAAGGCGGACGGGCCCAAAUCACCUGUGCGGUCUCCUCCGGCGACAUGCCCAUCUACUUCAGCUGGAAGAAGGACGACAGCUCCAUCCCAAGCAGUUUGCAGAUUACGGAGAAAAAGGAGGAGUUCUACUCGCUGCUGGUCUUCAAGGAUAUCAGUGCGAAGCACAGUGGCAAGUACACCUGCUAUGCCAGCAACGCUGCUGCCAAGGUGAACUACACGGCUGAGCUGCAGGUGCGAGUGGCGCCUCGCUGGAGCUACGAGCCCAUGGACACGGCCAUUAUGCUGGGCAACACAAUAUCGAUAAAUUGUGAGGCGGAAGGAUAUCCGAUUCCAGCUAUUACCUGGUUCAAAGGGCAGGGCAAAGGUUCAAAGGACUUCAAGCCCUUGAGCAUGCGUAAUCACUCGCUGCUAUUAAAUCUGGCUACGGAUAAUGAUGAGGGCUAUUAUAUGUGCCAGGCGACCAAUGAAAUCGGAGCAGGACUCAAGAAGACAAUCCGAAUCAAUGUGAAUGAACCCGCUCGAUUUGAGCAGUCCGCCCGGAAUAUCAGUUCACGUCGCAACGAUCCCGUGACCUUGGACUGCCAUGCCAAGGGUGACGAACCCAUCACUAUUGGUUGGACGCAGAACAAUGGACGCAUCGAUCUGAAUAACUUCCGGUUUAGCAUAGCGGAAAUGAAAACCGAGAAGGGUGUAGACUCUCAACUAACUAUUGGCCAUUCGGAUCGUCAUGAUUCCGGUGUUUACCGAUGUAUAGCUGAGAAUCCCUAUGGACGAGCGGAGCAAAUAAUUUUCCUCGCUGUUCAGGAGCGACCAGAUACGCCCUCAAAUCUGGACAUUUUCGAAGUGGGUUCGCGUACAGUGAAGCUUAGCUGGCGGCGACCUUUCGAUGGCAACUCGCCAGUGCUCAGUUAUCUGGUGCAGUAUCAGGCACUAAAGUACCUUCAAUCUCACGGGAGCUUGGGCGCUGCUGGAGGGGAUUGGAACGGCCAGAACGUCAUUAACGUCAGCCUGCCGUCGACGAGCAUUAGUCGCAGCUAUGACAGCGACCUGCGGGAGAGCGCUAUUGUGGCUGGCCUGACCCCAGCGACCACCUUCCUGAUUCGCAUGCAGGCCAUCAACGAGAUCGAGCGAAGCGCUUAUACCGAGGCCAUUGUACUCAAAACCCAAGAGGAGGCGCCCACCGAGGCCCCGUCCAAUGUUCAGGUGCAAACGGGCGGAGAAAGCGAGCUGAUUGUCACCUGGCAGAUUCCCCCUCGUGAAUCGUGGAACGGAGAGCUCAUUGGCUACACCGUAAACUGCAGCGAAGAAAAGCAAAACAUAAACUUCAUCAGCGUGGUGAACAACUCGCUAAAAUCUACGAUAGUCAGCGGAUGGGCGACCACCAAGGCGACUUUAAGGGGUCUCCGGAAGUACACUCGCUAUGCGGUCACCAUUCGAGCAAUGAACAGCUUUGGUUCCGGUCCAUGGAGUGCGGCCAUCUUUGGCACAACGGCAGAGGGAGUUCCCGAGGCAGCGCCACAGAACGUCAACUGCACCGCCCUGUCAUCGCAGAGUCUGAAGAUUUCGUGGCUGGAGCCACCGCUUCAGUUCCACGGCGGCAUCAUACAGGGCUAUAAAAUUUUAUACCGCCCGAUUGUGCAUCAAAUUGACUUUCCCGCCAAGCUUGAAGUCAAGCGCACCUCGAAUCUGGAGACGUACCUGCACACUUUGCACAAGGCCAGCAACUACUCAAUCCGGGUGCUGGCCUACACGGCCACUGGCGACGGCAUGGCAAGUCAUCCGCUCUUUUGCCAGACGGACGACGACGUGCCCGAUGCACCGGCAGCCAUUAAGGCAGCGGCCCUGACGGCAGAUUCGAUUUUGAUUUCCUGGCUCACGCCGAAAAAUCGCAAUGGGAUCAUUUCGCACUAUACGGUUUAUUCGAGAGAAGCGGGUCGCAAGGGCCAGGCCAAGACUCACAUGGUGCGUGUCGACGAGAAGGGGUAUCCGGUGAUAUUCGAGUCACGCAGCCUCGCCGAGAAUCAAAUGUACGAAUUCUGGGUUUCGGCGUCCACAUCCGUGGGCGAAGGCGAGCCCACAUCUGUGAUCGCCCAGGCCACCAAUACGAGAGCUCCUGCUCGAAUUGCCUCCUUUGGUCAGGUAGUGCGCAAGGCAGUGGGCACUGGCUUGGUCCUGGAGUGCCUGGCUGUAGGAAAUCCCACUCCCCGUGCCCGUUGGCUGACCCGUGAUCGUCCUGUUACCUUUAGUCCAUUCUACGAGGUCACCAACGAGGGAAACCUAAAGAUUCACCGCGUCGAAGGGAGUCUGUCCGGAAAUUAUACGUGCACAGCGAACAAUCUGUUCGGUAGCGAUGAGAUCCAGUACCAGGUGAUUGCCAUGAAGCCACCGAGCGCACCGCAAAUCAUCGUGCAGUACGCUUCCGCCGACAGCAUUCGUGUGAGCUGGGAUGCCCCCGACGAUGGUGGAGCUCCUUUGCAGGGAUAUACCAUAUCGUAUCACACGGCCGGAGAGAGUUGGUCCAUCACGGAGCUGCUGCCCGAAAAUAAUGCCUUCACGAUCUCAGGAUUGAAGUGCGGAAAUCAGUACAUUAUAAAAAUGUCCGCUCACAAUAUGGUCGGCUCUGGGGUGGCCAGUGAGGAAAUUAACGUCUGGACCAAGGGCAAAGCCUCACAGGCGCCGAACGGCAACGAACUAAUUGCCACAAAUGCGACGUGCGUGAAUUUGAAGCUGUCAUCAUGGCAAAACGGCGGCUGCAGCAUCCAUCAUUUCUCCAUCGAGCACCGACCACUGGGCGACAUACGUUGGACAGUUGUCACAUCGGAUAUUUCGAAUGCCGAGGAAAACCGUGAAAAUUUAAUCUUCUGCGACUUUCUGCCGGCCAAGUGGUAUCAGCUGCGAAUCUCCGCCACCAACGAUGCGGGAAAAACGACAGAGCAUUAUCAUUUCAGCACGACGAACAUCGAUGGCAUCACCAUUCCGCCGCCAUCGGUUUUCCCCUCGGAAAACGAUUUGAUGAACAAUCUGAUAAACUCAACAAAUCCGACCAGCGGUGAUUGGUUCGCUACGCUAAUUGUCGUCGUCAUUAUCACCGUUUCCAUCAUAACGAUAGCCCUGACUAUUAAACAUCGACGCACCUUGUGCGGACCCAUAGCAGAGGGCUACGAGUCCAGGACUCUGCCCGGGGAUUACAAGGAGGACCAUGAGAAUCGACGCAAUCAGCAGGUGUACAGUGCCUCGCCAGUGAAAACUGUAGACAAGGGAAACGAGUCGGAAAUGUACGAGAUUUCGCCGUAUGCCACGUUCAGCGUGAAUGGAGGACGGACAGGUGCACCGGCCAAGACACCCACUCGCGCCGUGGCUGCCCAAACGCCACUCGACUACACUAUGCAGUUUAAGACCUUUGGACAUCCGGAGGGCGAGAACUUGAAUGCCACCGCCUAUCCAUUGCUGCCCAGCUCAGGAUUCGGUCACGUGAAGAGCAAGUCCAGCUGGCACAAACAGCGAUACUACAACACGGAGGAUGAGUCCACGCUGAGCAAGUCGAUGACCAUCGUAGCCGGCUCGCAGGCGGGACACUCGAAGAAGUCCAAUGGCGGUCGGAGUGCCAAGAGCAGCGGCGCUUGCAGCGGAGUAGUAGCCGGCUCGGAAUCGGAUACAAGCAUCAGUCCUAGCACCGAGUUCUCCAACAUGCCCACCUACCGAGUGCCCUGCAAGUCAUCGCGGAGCAGCGAUGGUCGAGCGGUCGUAGAUAUGUUCCGACCCGAUUCCAGCACCGAGUCGAAUAAUGACCAGGGCUCGCCGGCGCCUGAGCGUCGCCAUAAUACUCCACGCCAUGUCCUUGGUAUGGGCAUGGGCAUGGGCUUGAACGGCGGAGGUGGUGGUGGCAGUGCCAACGGUCCGGCCGAGAAACGGAGUGCCGGACAGCGCAGCCGGAAACAUGGAAGCGCAGCACAACAGCCCAGCAACCAAACGUUGGAGCGAAGAAAGUGCCCUGGUAGUAGCAACAGUUUAGACAGUGAGGUCGAUGCAGAGACCGCGGCUUCCUUGGCCGCCUCCAUAGCUGCAAUGGCUGGGGCGGGGGUUGACCUUUCCAGUGGAUUUCGACCACCCGCAGGGUUCCACGAUGGCCGAGAACCAGGCGACCAGAGCGAUUGCGAGCGGGAACAGCGAGCGCUGGAUCUGGAGGUGCAGCGCGUGAUGGAGAGCACCGGGGACUCUCAGCUGGCCAAGAUGGAUCGCGAGGAGUUGACCUCACUGUUGGCAAGCGUCUACCUACCCCGAACUUGAACUUGAACUUGAUCUUGAACUUGCACUUGAACUUGAAUCAAAGCGAAUACUAACCAGUACUGCGAACCUCUAGGUAUCACGAGAAGAAGGAGCAGGAGCGCCAAGAAUACACGAUACACGUAUAAUAGUUAUCACUGUACUUGCCAGUGACACUCAGAAAAAGACACACACGAUGACAUACGAACUGUGGCAUUUAAAUGCAUUUAGCUAAGAUCUUAAGUGUUGUUCAAUAAGUGUACACUAUUACCACGUUUAUGUAGCCGAAGUUUGCAAAUAAAAUAAUUUGUAAAUAACUAAAACAGUUUGAAUAGGGAAUUUUAAAUAUAUAUUAAUAAAGAUAUACUAAAUAUGAACUUCAUUUUGCAUUAAUUUAAUUUCAAACUGUAAUAGAUUGUUAAGUUUAAUUAAGAUACAAGAUGUCUUUCUUGUUAAAUUCACAUUUCUUGUUCAUCACGAUUAAUUUGUAGGCAGAUAAAAUCAUAAAGCAGUGUUUAUAAAUGAGAAACAAAGUUAAACGCAAAUAAGAAGGGCGCAUAAACGUGGUAUUUAAAGAAACUAGUUCGUAAGAUGGCACACAAAGUUCUCGCACACUCGAUCGAGCAAAUUAAAGACUAUAUCUAGAGACUAUAUCUAUAGAGAUCUAAAUGACUAUUGAAUACUGAAGCUGUCAACUGAUGUUGCAAGCGAUUUCUAUUGAUAUUGAAACUGAUAAUCGUUACGAGACGAGUUGAACUGUAUCUGCUAGCUAGUAAUACUACCUAUAUAUAUAUAUAUAUAGACAAGCAUAUAUUUAAUUCAAUUUGUUGUGAUAAAUUAUAAAAUGUAAAAUGUUCUGAAGUACACGUUGAUGCAAAAAACAUGUCAGGUUAAUGAACUGCAUAACUCGAUUGACACUUUCGGAGCACUCAUAAAUGCUGUUUAUUUCAUCGAUGUCAUUUUGGUUAUAUUUUUUCACCCCCAGGAGAGAGACUUUUUUCAUUAAUUUGUGUGUAAAAUUGACAAAAAUCUGUUACUGCAUUUAUUGGAAAAGUAAUAAUUAUGGAAUUUAAUUAAAAGUAGAUAAUCAACAAUUAAAUUGUAUUGCUACCAUAGGUAAAAUAUAUACAUACAAAAUACAACAACCGAAAAUGCUGCAGAAACCGAAAACCAAAUACGGCAAAUUAAUUAAAUAAAAGAAGUGUAAAAAUAAACAAAAUCAAA